ACGGAAACGCCACUGGUCUCCGGCGGCGAGCUCCGGUGAGGUACUUUCGCUGGAAUUUGCGGCGGAGAUGGACGCCGGAAAGUCGCCGGCGAAAUCUAUUCUCGAGAAGCCCCUCAAACACCUCACCGAGGAGGACAUUUCUCAGCUCACUCGCGAGGACUGCCGCAAAUACCUCAUAGAGAAAGGAAUGCGAAGACCCUCGUGGAACAAAUCUCAGGCGAUCCAGCAAGUUCUCUCCCUCAAGGCUCUGUUGGAGCCCGGCGACGAUUCCGGUGCCGGAGUUCUCCGGAAGAUCCUCGUUUCUCAGCCGGAAACUUCCCGUCGCGUUAUGUCAUCUUCGACAGAGCCAACCAAGGAUUCGGGUCUUGUCCCGUUGCCGGAAGAUGAUAACUUCCCAUACCACGGGAAGGAUUCUCCGAGAUCAGUGGAGUUGUCCGGAGGCUCUGGCCAGUAUGCCGGAGAGAAGGAUAGCUACAGGACAAUAUCUCCCAGAAGUCCAGGUGAAACAAACUCGACGUUUGGGCAGCUGACGAUAUUCUAUUGUGGGAAAGUUUUCGUGUAUGAUGGAGUACCGCCUGAAAAGGCACGCUCAAUCAUGCACAUGGCAGCAAGUCCAAUUGAUUUGCCUGGAAAUGAUCUGUUCAGUGGGAACCCUAAUCUUUGUUCCCAUACAUCUCAUCUACAGACAACGACUGAAAGUUGCGGGCUUUUCGCUCCCGGCGGUACAAUGUCCAAGCCCAUUAGCUCAGACAAGAUGGCGGAAUUUCCUCAGUAUUGCCCUGAGAAGGCUUCUCGUGAUUCUGCAGAUGUAGAGGGUCAGGUGAACAGAAAGGUAUCAUUGCAGAGAUAUCUUGAAAAGCGGAAGGACAGAAAAUUCUCAAAGGGCAAAAAGGCUCAGGGAGUUGGAUCAUCCAGCUUGGAGAUGUAUUUGAGCAACCAGGCUCGGUUAAAUGCUGUAUAUGGACAAUCAAACCUAGGAAACACAUCUUCUUCUCCACCGCAGCAGCCGCCGCCGCCUGGAAUGGCCCGUAUUUUUUGCGACUCCCCCGAAAAUCAGAUGAGAAACUCCAAUCUUUCGGUAGAUCUGAACAGUGAAGACAUUUGAUGGAUGACCCGCCAAACCCGAGAUGUCGUUUAAGGGUAAUAAGGUGUCCGAAGCUGGCAAUGGCGAAGGAAGGAAACGACGGGAAACCCGAGCUUUAGCUGCUGAAAAACAGGAUCAAGAUCGGGCGAAAGAAGGGUAUAUCAGAGAGUAAUCAUAUAUCCUGACAGCUUCUGAGUUUUUCUUUUC